AUGGGCUCAGAAGCUGUGAAAGUCGUUGUUAGAGCACGACCAUUAAACGAACGUGAAAAUUUGCUCAAAUGUGAUAAUAUUCUUGAAGUAUUCAGCGAUACUGGCCAGUGUUCGAUUAUAAGCCCAAAUGACAAGAAACGUCCACCGAAAAUAUUUUUCUUUGAUGGAUCAUAUGACCAAAAUUCAACUACUGAACAAAUAUACAAUGAUGCGUGUUACCCUCUAGUUGAAGGAGUUACUGAGGGAUACAAUGGCACAAUAUUUGCUUAUGGACAAACUGGUUGUGGAAAAUCCUACACUAUGCAGGGAGUAGUUGAGCCAACAUUCCAAAAAGGAGUAAUACCCCGAGCAUUUGAUCAAAUAUUUGAGACUAUGUCUGUAAGUGAGAAGACAAAGUAUUUGGUCCACGCAUCAUUUCUGGAAAUUUACAAUGAAGAAGUUCGUGACCUUUUGGGACAUGACUACAGAGCUAAAUUAGAGCUAAAGGAGAAUCCAGAUAAAGGGGUUUACGUUGCUGGUUUGUCAAUGCAUAAAAUAACUUCAGUUGCAGAAUGUCAGAAUGUAAUGGAACUUGGAUGGAAAAACCGUUCAACUGGAGCAACAUUAAUGAACGCUGACAGCAGUCGAUCACAUUCUAUUUUCACGAUCUACUUAGAAAUGAUUGAUCGAAGUGACAAUCUGCUUGAUUACAACCAUAUAAGGGCCGGUAAAUUAAAUCUAGUUGAUUUGGCGGGUUCUGAAAGGCAGACAAAAACUGGUGCAACUGGUGAUCGUUUUAAAGAAGCUACAAAAAUUAAUCUUAGUUUAUCAGCAUUGGGUAAUGUUAUUUCAGCGUUGGUUGAUUCCAAAGUUAAACAUAUACCUUACCGUGACAGCAAGCUGACUCGACUGUUACAGGAUUCUUUGGGAGGAAAUACAAAAACCCUUAUGAUAGCGUGCUUGUCACCAGCAGACAAUAACUAUGACGAAACAUUGAGUACUUUACGAUAUGCUAAUCGAGCAAAAAAUAUACGUAAUAAACCAAAAAUCAAUGAAGAUCCAAAGGAUGCGCUUCUACGUCAAUAUCAAGAAGAAAUCAAACAUCUUAAAGAAUUGCUAAAUAAUAUGCAGGCACCUAAAGAAAAUCUUAAAUAUUUCAAUGGAAAAGAAAAUAUUGAAAUAGAGGAUACUGAAAUUGAGAAAGAAUUAUAUGAUGCCAAACUUAUGCAAUUGAAUAGCCACCAAGAUUUACUGCCAUCAACGAAUCAGCACUUAGAUCAAACGGAAGAGUUGAUAGGAAUAUCAGACGAUAAAAUCCAACAACAAAUUGUUACACAAAACGACACUAAUGUACGUAUUGAUACAUAUGAUGAGGAAGUAACAAAAGAUGAACUACUGAAAAGAUUGAAAUUAUUGGAAGCAGAUAUUGUCGGUGGUGAGCAAGCUGGAAAUAAGGAGGUCAACGAGAAAAUAUCAAGGCGAAAAAAGUAUGCUGAAGAACGAAAACGUCGAUUAGUUGAAGCGAAUACAAACCUAGAAGAUGAUGGCAUAAUGAUAAAUAUUUAUGAAACAAUACAAGAUGAACUAUAUUACAAGAAUAAAGCUCUGCAGUCACAAAAACAAAAGGUAUAUGCGUUACAAAUGGAAAUUAAAGAUGUUCAAUCAGAAUUUGAACAAGAUCGAAGUGACUAUUUGGAAACUAUCAGACGCCAAGAACAACAAAUAAAUUUGCUUAAUAUGAUUUUAGAAAAGGUUCAGCCAUGCAUACGCAGAGAUAGCAAUUAUUACAACAUCGAUAAAAUCAAACGAACAGCCAUAUUUGAUGCAGAAAAGAAUGAAUGGAUUCUACCACAAAUGGUCAUUGAACAUACACAAUUGCCUUCAGUGAAUUCAGACAAUUUGUCUAAUCGAUAUGACUCAAAUUAUGAGACUGCAGAUGGUAACGCAGAAUAUGAUGCAAUAAAGGAUUUGAAAUGGGCCAGUAAAAAAGAAUCUAGACUGCACACUAAACUAAAUGAUCGGAUACCAAGUAAUUAUUUCGCGAGCCGACGUGCAGAUCAAAUAUUACGUAAUGCAGGAUCUGAAUCUGAAAGAUAUAGAUCGAGCAAUCACACGGCUAGACUGAAUAAUUUCUCUUGUGCACUGACUACUGGUAACACAGAAUCAGCAUCGCUUUCGUCUUGUGAAGUCAGAUCAAGUGUGGAUACAUAUUUGCAUUGCCCGGACGUAAGGAAAAAACCAAUGAAGUUAAAUCCCAUGUCUGAAUUCGCACUCAAUUCUACGCAUGUUUACGGACAACAGUCGCUUGAAAAAGUAAAAUGGCAUUCGAAAAUAUAG